AUGAUGAUGGCUGGUAUGGGUAUGGGUGGUAUGCCUGGAGGAGCCACCGCUUCCCCACGAAUGACGAAACCCAACGGUGUUCCGAAUGGUGCUCAGAAUCCAAUGUCGAAUGGAAUGGCCGCAGCUGCAGCAGCUGCCGGCAUGGCCGGUAUGCCCCCAGGAAUGAUGCACAUGCAACCUCAGCAGGCAGCUAUGUUGCAAGCUCAAAUGAUGAUGGCUGCUGGUAUGGGUAUGCCGAUUCCUGGUAUGCCAAUGCCAUCUGGUAUGGCAAUGCAACAUGCAAUGAACGGAAUGAUGAACGUCUCAAUCCCAUCGCGGAAUCAGUCAAAUGGUGCGCUCAGUGCAGCGCAAGCGUCAGCAGCAAACUCACCGCGACCUGCUGAUCCUCUCACACCACAAACAAGUGUUGCUGCCCAGAUUGGAGCAUCAGCAAGUCUGAAAGAAGAACGUCAACAACCAUCAUCACCGCAGAAAACACAACCUGCUGAAGAGAAUGUCUCGGUUGCGUCUGUGUUCGGUGGUUCUACUGCGUGCAAAAUGUUGUUCCACCUCGUCGACGAGUAUCAGACCGACUGCUCAGCACUCUCGUUUUCUGUUAUGGCUACAUUUUGUUUUACUAUAGCAUUAUCGUACUCGUUAUUGUUCGUUAUGAUGAUAUAA